AUGGACGUCCGUCAGAAUGACAUCAAGCCCGGCGUCACCAACGACCCCGAAGCCUCCCGCAACCCCAUCUCCGAACCCGCCGGCCCCGUGGCCGGCGACUCGCUCGCCGCCGAGUCGUCCAUGACAGGCGGUGCCUUCUCCCAGAACCGGGGCUCCGAGCCCCUCGGCGUGGCUGCUGGCCAGUCCACCCUGAACACGACCGACACCUCCGCCGCCACGAAGCUCCCCGCCGCCCCCGUCGGCACCAAGCGCGAGGACAUCACCCGGCAAGAAAAGUACCCCGACGCUCUCGGCGGCCAGGGCAACUUCCCCGGCGCCCACCUGCCCCAGAGCGGAUAUACCGGCGGUCCGACGGGCGCGAAGCAGACCCAGAGCCAGGGCACGCACGCUUCCUCCCAGCAGAAGUCGUCGCAUACCCAGGCCCCCGCCAGCGGCAGCGGCUACCACAGCCAGUACAACGGCGGCCAGGCGCCGUCGUAUGUCGCUGACGUGACGGGUGACUUUGGGGAUAAGAAGCCCAAGGGCCGGAACUUGACGGAGGGCGGCUUUGAUGACUCCAACAACGCGAGUUUUAACACGGAUAUUGGCUCGGAGAAUGACCCGGGCCGUCUGGCGGAGAACAAGUUCCAGCGUCGUGAGGCGGAGAGUGGCCCGGAUGCUGCGGGUGGUGCGAGACAGAAGGGUGUCGAUAACCAGCACUGGUACCAGCCUCUGCAGCCGGAUCAGAGAGCUUAA